ACAAUCAAACUGUCACUACCUGCAACACAGUAUUCUUAACCAACAGAAAAUACAUAAUUUAAGUGCCAAACUUGAUAUGUUCUCUGCCCGGGCAGGUUCACAUUUCCGUGAGGCAGUGAACACUAGUAUUGUCAUGUAUGUGGAGUUACACGGAUGCGGUUUAUUAGCCUUUACGGGAUGCAUUGAUUACUCAAUGAUUUGGCAUUUAACUUGUGGAAUUAUUGUCUGCACACCACAGCAAAAGGGUGAAAAGAAACAGCUUACAAUUUAUCAAGUGCUGAAACUUUGCCGAGUGAAAACAGUGUAACUCAACAGAGUUGACUAAAGUUCUUCACAAUUUUAAGACAGAUGAGAAACAAUAAAAGACAAAACAUAUUGCAAGCAUUCCAGAGCAUAUACUGUAUCCUCAAACUCAUUGACCAGACUCAAAAACCAAUGCAAAAAGAUGUGUUUUCAACUGUGACUUGAAAGUCUCAAUUGAUGGAGACAAACGAAUGUGAAAGGGAAGAUUAUUCCAUAUUUUAGGGGCAGACACAGAGAAAGCCAGAUUACCCUUUGAUUCUUACCCAGACCGAGGGGCAGCCAGCAGAAAUUGGUUUGUAGAUCUCAAGGGCCUUGAAGAAGUAUGAGGGCUUAAGAGAUCUGCAAUGUAUUGUGGACAGUCAUUGUGUAGUGCUUUAAAAAUAAAUCUCAAGACUGUCAGAUGUCACAUGAAGUCCUCUUUGGAACCUGAACUUCUUUAGAAUGUUAAGACUUUGUGACACCUGUGCGCAAUAAAAGAGAACGCAGGUGUCUUGAGAUGUAUUCAUAAAAUUUGGAGUUCUUUUAAACUUCACACGAUAUCUAACAUUUUUGCGGCCCUGCACGGGACGCUGAAAAAAAUCCCACUGUGAGAUGUGGUGCAGUGGUCAAAGACAUCCAUCCAGCACAUGUUUAGAUGGAAAAACAACUGAAAAACAGCGCAGACACAUGCAAAAAAUAUGUGUAAACAGCCCAUAACUGGCCCUAUACUUGACAUGAACAGGACCUGAAAUCCAACAGUUUGUGGGGUCCCAUUGGGCUCGGCUCAGGUUGAAGACCUCUAUUGCACAUGUAGAAUAACUGAAUAGUGAUUUUGGUGUCCGAAUACAGGCACGUCAAACGGCUAACCAAGUACCAACCUAACCCUAACCCCACUGACCCAGCAGAAUUGGGUAAAUAACCCAACAAAAUGACCCAACAGUCUCAAGCCAGCGUUCUGGUUUAAAACAUAACCAGACAUUUUUUAGAGUGUAUGUAUUUUGUGCCUCUGAUGACAUUCAUAUGAAUCAAUGUGAGUAGAGUUAGUGUCCAGAGAGCCUAGAGGUGACUCCUGAUCUCUGAUCUUGUCUGAUGAGGAUUUGGCGGGUCGUGGCUGCGGAACAUUUCCCCCGGAGCCUCCAGCCCUUCUGAUCAUUAUUCCCAGGUAAGUCCUCCUCUAUCCCUUUAGAGAGUCUGAAUAUACCAUGUGAGAGGAGGGUUUACAGCUGGUCUGACACAUGAAUAGAGCUGUAGGUGGAGUCUUGAAGGUGUGCAAAGGCAAUGAGAGACACUAGCGUGUGAUUAUGGGUAAUCCCUCCUUAAAUAACCAUAAACAGUGAGCCAACGGUGUUUAGGACAACUGGACAAGAGGACAGGACAUUCUCUCCUGUUCGUGCUCAACUAAGAUAUAUCCAACAUACAAGACAAGGGACAUCUUCAUCAGAGAUUAUCUGUGGACUGCUUUUGUAAGACCCAGGAUGAAUUUUGCAGCUCAGUUUUUCUAUGCUAACUUUACAAAUGACGGCUCAGCGACACCACAAGAGACACGAAGGAGCUUCAAUGACAGCGAGGAGUAUGAUCCCUUCUGGCAGAGCAGUACAGAACAGCGGAGAAGUUCCACCAAACCAGAUUGCUCUUUCCACAGCGGCCCGUGUCACAAAGACGGGCACAUUGGUAACGGCCGUGUGGGUCGCCGCUCAACUCUAAUCUGCCCAGAACGCCUCAAAGAUUUUGGAGUCGAGGAAUACCUCAAUGGAGAUGUAAAAGUCUUUGAGACCACGGUUACGGAACCAGCUGAGGUCCAGUUAAUGUCUACACCAAAACCUUCCGUUAAGAAAGGCAGUGAAAGCAAGUCUGCAUCUAAACCUCCACCUGAGUAUCUGCGCUUUGAGGACAUCAGCGCUGCUGCCUUUAAACUCCAACAGUCAGGAAUUCAGAAAACGCCCUGCACCUACUCUCGGCUGUCCAAACAGUACGGGAUGGAAAUCUAUCUGAAAAAAGAGCAUCUCCAUUACACUGGUUCUGUGAAGGAGAGAGGUGUUCUCUAUCUGCUGUCCGCACUCAAACAGGAGCAGCAGAGGAAAGGUGUGAUUGUGGCCACAGACUGUAACUUCUCGAUGGCCGUGGCGUAUCACGCAGUGGAGAUGAGAAUUCCAGUGUUUGUCAUCAUGCCGGCGUAUAGUUCUCCACCACGCCUCCGUAUGUAUAGAGACUACGGCGCCAUGGUGAUCUCAUAUGGCAGCACCGCCCGAGACUCUAUGAACCACGCACGGCACCUCGCCAAAGAGAAUGGAUACCUGUGUCUAGAGGAAGAGGACAGCGCGGUGUAUCUGGCAGGUCUGGGCACAGUGGGCAUGGAGAUCUGUGAGCAGGUGCCCAAACUGGAUGCAGUCAUCGUGCCUGCGGGCGGACACUGCGGUCUACUGGCAGGAACUGCAGCUGCCAUCAAACACCUGAACCCUCGAAUCUCUGUCAUAGGCGUUGAACCAGAGGAAUUUGCCCUUUUAUUGCAGUCUCUCAAAACAGAUUGUCCCAUAAAGGAUCUGUACUGUAACCCCAACAAGAAACUCUACAGAGAUUUAGUGAAUCACUCGUUGGGUACACAUACCUUUCAGUUGGCCAAGAAAAUGGUGGACAAAGUCAUUUCUGUCAGGGAGGCAGAUGCUCUGAUGGCCAUGUUGCGCUUUCAGGAGUACGAGCGAUCGACUAUCGACACAGAGGGUGCCAUGGGUUUGGCAGCCAUCUUGGCAGGCCAACUGCCAGAGCUUAAAGGCAAAAGGGUGGCAGUGGUGGUGAGCAGUGCUAAUAUGGAGCUGGACCUGUUUCUGCAGUGUGUGGAACGAGCUCUGGUUCUGGACGACCGGGUCAGUCGAUUCACGGUGCAGUUGGGUGACUGGCCUGGAGACAUGGCCAAACUGCUGGACACACUCGCCCGAGAGGACGUCAGGUUGCUGGAUGUUUGUCACAAACGGUACAGUGAUAAGGCAGAGCUCUUUAAAACACAGGUGGAGUGUGUUGUUGAAACUGGUGAUAAAUCUCAAAACUGUCAGCUGCGCCGGACACUGUCAGACCGAUACCCGUCACUGCACUGGCUGGACCGGUGAUCAAAACACACACUUAACUAUAACACUGCUGUUUGAGUAAAUAGAGAUUCACAACAUUUAGAAAGGAAACACGUGUCUUAUAAAUACUUAAUGUGAAUGAUAAACACAAAUCAAUUCACAUUUAAAUGUUAGACUGUAUUCCAUGUCACAUGACUUCUAAGCCACAAAAUGAACAUCUCAGUCAUUCAAUAAUACUUACUGAAUAAAUUGUGGAAUGUCCUCAAAACCGGAGAUAAGGAAUGGAGCUUAUGCUGUACAAAACUCGUCUGUUUAUAAAAGUUACUGUGUGUUUGAUGUGGAAACUAGCUGUGUUAUACAGGAUGUCUGUUGUAUUUUGAGUUAAUAAUAUAAAGGUUUAUCCAGUCUUAUCAUGCACUGACUGUUUGAUUCUUAAUUCUGAUCAAUAUUUUGUAAUCAGCAUGAGAGAGAGAGAACGGGUCGAGGAUGAAGAGUUAAAUACAAGAGUUUCCUCGUUCUUGAGCGGAUGAGGACUUCCUCUUGAUUAAAGACUUGAGACAGUUUAUGUAGAGAGAUGAGUGAUUAUUUAAAUCUGUAAGUCUAUUAGCUGAUGUCACCUUGACCGCUGCAGAGAACGCUUACAGAACGUUACUACAACACCAGCUGUGUCUGAGAAUAAGAGAGCAUUGAAAGAAUAGUUUACCCAAAAUGUACAAUUCAUUUCCUCACUCUCAUGUCACUCCAAACUCGAUACCAUUUCAGUGGAACACAAAAGUAGAAACUUUGAAGAAUCUUCACGCAGUUAUUUUCCAAUAACGACAUUCUCACGAAACCCAUCAAGAAAGUGACAGGACAUAUUUAACCACAAAUCAAUAAAAUAAAUAAAUGAAAUUAUAUUUUGCAUAAAGACAAUGAAGACUACAUUCAGGACCAUUUCGAUUUUUUUUCUUUUUUGCUU